GCGUGAUGCAAGCCAUGAGACGGCGCUGGUUGGUGGGCUGACUACUGCGGUCCUAGCGGAUUUAGACGCCUCCACCCCGAUCCUUCGUCGGGGUUAGGAUCGCCGGGCUGAGAUUGCUAAUAAUCCAACAAAAUUCAAAUAAAAAAAGAUCGAACAAAUCCUUCAGGUCGCCUUGCAACUACGAUGCGUUGUUCCCUUUUAUCAGCCUGGCUGCUCUUUCUGGUCCCAGAUUCGAGGGAUGCAGGCCAGCAACAGAUGUGGCAGUCAUGGUUGCGGUCACUGACGCCAAUCGGUCCCCUAUCAUAGGGAUCCUAGCCUUGCUUUUCGCCGUAAUUUCGACAUUAUCUGGGGCUGCACGGCUGGGGAUCAAAUAUGCCAUCACUAGAAAAUUUACGGUAGAUGAUCACCUGAUCUCUGUGUCAAUGGCCUUCAGUGUGCUACAGACAAUAUGCAUUACCAUCGCCGCGCGCAAUGGCUAUGGGGAAGCAGAAAGUGCUUCCUCACAAGAGCGAAUUGAUAUAGCUCUGAAGUCUGUUUAUGCCGCAGAAAUGCUAUACGUUGCAAGCUUGACUUUCUCCAAGCUAAGCGCCCUAGCAUUCAUGACCUUUCUUAUGCAGCGCACCCGCAAGGCUGAAUGGGUACUCAUUGCAUUGAUCAGCGCCUGGGCUGUGGCGGCGGAAUUUGCCGUAGCUUUCCAAUGCGAUCUUCCGCAGCCAUGGAGAUGGAAUCAGACGAGAUGUUUUAAUCGAGAUGCCUGGUGGAUGGUUUUCGGGGCGUUCAACAUUCUAAGUGAAGUUGCCCUGAUUUUAGUACCUAGUAUGCUCAUACUCCGGAUUCAAAUGGCGGUUCCUAGGAAGAUAGUUGCCAUCGCCUGCUUUCUCACUCGCUUCUUGGUCAUCGUUGCGAUCAUUCUUGAGCUUGUAUAUCGCCAUCAAAACAAUCACGCCUCAGACCCCCUGCUGGCCAUUUGGAAGGCUGCCGUCUGCGUCGAGCUAGUGCAGUGCCUGUCCAUUGUCAUGGCCUGCGCUCCGCACCUGAAGCCGUUCAUGGACGGAUUACAGUCCACUGGGCUCCGCUUAUACUACCUCCCAGGCGAGACAUCUGAACGCGGAGAGUACGCUCGCGUAAGCAAAGCGAAGGCUGCUGCACACGAGCUUAGCGGGCACGUUGGGGUAGCCAACAGCACCGCUGUCUCGGCAGGGAGGGAACAGCAGGAUUGGGAUGAUACUAUGAGCCACUCCAGCCAGGAUCAUAUCAUUCGAGAGACUAGAACCUGGGUCGUAGAAGAGCAGUAUAGCCCGGAUGCUGCGACAAACCGACCGAUGGACAGUGAGUCCAAUGGUAGCCAUGGACUACACGAAUCAAUUAGCCAUUAGAGAUCGUCUUACACGGUACUAUUUACAUGCAUUACGACUGGACGAAUUAUUCCACAUUCAGA